AUGUCAGGUAAGGCGUGUUAUAUUUGCGGGAAGUUGGGCCAUUUGGCUAGUGAUUGUGAUUCUGAAAAGCUAUGUUACAACUGUAACAAGCCAGGCCACGUCCAAUCAGAAUGUACUGUCCCAAAGACUGUCGAAUUCAAGCAGUGUUAUAACUGUGGCGAAACUGGUCAUGUUAAGACUGAAUGUACCGUUCAAAAAUGUUACAACUGUGAUGGCUUUGGUCACAUCUCUAGAGAAUGUGAUCAACCAAAGAGAUUCAGAAACAACGAGCGUAGUGGUCCUAAGGUUUCUUGUUACAAGUGCGGUGGCCCUAACCACAUUGCUAAGGACUGUUUAAAGUCUGAACCAACUUGUUACAACUGUGGUCAAGCUGGCCAUUUGUCCAAAGACUGUCAAAACGGUGAAAACGAGAAAGUUUGCUACAACUGCAACGGCGUCGGUCACAUCGCCAAGGAUUGCUCUUCCUAUUAA